AUGUCGAGCGAAUCCAUCCCGCAAAAGAUGCGUGCGGCCACCAUCAAGGACUUCAAGAAGGGCUACGAGGUCAAGGACAUCGAUGUCCCCGCUGAUCUGGGUCCCAACGACGUUCUCGUCAAGAUCGCCGCCGCCGGCUACUGCCACACCGACUUGCAGGUCAUGGACGGUGUGUACGAGUCGCAAGGCGCCAAGCCCGGCCUGGUCGGCUCGCACGAGCCUGUCGGCACGGUAGUUAAAGCAGGCUCGGAUGCAGAAAAGUCGGGCAUCAAGGUCGGCGACCGUGUAGGCUCGAUCAACACCUACGGCUUCUGCGGCAAGUGCGAUUCGUGCAAGCAGGGCAAGCAGCUCUGCGACAAUAUGCCCGGCAUGCUCGGCCUCACCCUCAACGGAGGCUUCUCCCAGUACAUGAGAGCGGAUGCGCGUGUGGUUUCCAAGGUGCCCGAAAGCAUUCCUUUCGACCAGGCCGCGCCUCUGUUCUGCGCAGGUGCCACUGUGUAUGGAGCGCUUCUUGCUGUCAAGCCAGAGAAGGGCCAGUGGCUCGCCAUGGUCGGCAUCGGCGGUCUCGGUCAUCUCGGAGUGCAGUACGCCAAGGCGAUGGGCUGCAAGGUGAUCGCCAUCGACAAUCGCAAGGAAGGCCUCGAGCUCGCCAACAAGUGCGCCGACCACCUCAAGCCCGACAAGACGUUUUUGAUCGACACAGAAGAGGCCAAAAACAAGUGCAGCGAAGAGCUCUCGUCGAGCUUGUACGAUACCAACCCGGGCGUCGACCGCGUCGUGAUCAACUGCGAAGACCGCGGACUCAUCAAGUUUAGCCAGCAGUUCCUGCGCAAGGGUGGCCAGCUCGUCGAUGUCGGUCUUCCCGCCGACGGACCGUUCGAGCUCGACCCCUUCGCCAUGAACUUCAAGGAGCAGACCAUCCGCGGCCGCCUCAUCUGCACGCCCGAACAGUGUCAGGACAUGCUUGCGCUCCAUGCAGACAAUGGAUGCUCGACCUACAUUGAAAAGACGUACAGUGUCGAAGAUGCCAACAAGAUGGCCGAGCACUACAACUCGAAGCAGUUGCAGGGCCGACUCUGCAUGGUAUUUUGA